GUAGUCGGUCAAUAUAAUAUUUUUUUAUUACUUGCAUAUUUUAAUUAAAAGGUAAAAGAAUAAGAAUAUUUAGCAAGCCAAGAAGGAAUACAAACACACAAUGGCUCUACACAAUUUAAGAGUUAUUGAAAUGAUGGGAUUAGCACCAGGACCUUUAAGUGGAACUAUUUUAGCUGACUUUGGAGCUGCUGUAACUGUAGUCCAAAAGGUUGGACAAGUUGUACCAGCUGAUACAUUAUCAAAUGGCAAAAGAUCCAUUGCUAUAAAUUUAAAAUCUUCAGAUGGUGUCAAAAUUUUAAAAAGUCUUUGCAAUAAUGCAGAUGUAUUAAUAGAUACAUAUAGACCUGGCGUAAUGGAAAAAUUAGGCCUUGGACCUGAAGUUAUUUUAAACAAUAAUCCAAAACUAAUAUACAGCAGGCUAACAGGAUAUGGUCAGAAUGGUUAUUUCAUGCAAAAAGGUGGACAUGAUAUAAAUUAUGUUGCAAUGUCUGGUAUACUUUCAUUGCUUAAAAAAGAUAGGAUACCACCAAGCCCACCAUUAAAUUUACUGGCAGAUUUUGCUGGUGGUAGUGUUAUUUGUGUUGUGGGAAUUUUAUUAGCCCUACUUGAAAGACAGAGAUCAGGUAAAGGACAAGUAGUAGAUGCUAGUAUGACUGAAGGGGUGGCAUAUAUUGCAUCUUGGAUAUUUAAAAAUCAACAUCUUCUGUGGACAAUGGAAUCGGGUUCUAAUUUUUUAGAUGGAGGAUAUCAUUUUUAUAACACAUAUGAGACAAAAGAUACAAAAUAUAUGGCAGUGGGUGCUAUAGAACCUCAUUUUUAUUCUAAUCUUCUAAAAGGAUUAAAUCUAUCGCAGGAAGAAUGUCCUUAUAUAGAAAAAGAUAUAGGUAAAGAAAAAUUCAAAGAAGUAUUUCUAACCAAAACUCAAAAAGAAUGGUGUGAAAUUUUUGAUCAAUUGGAUGCCUGUGUUACUCCAGUUUUGGAAAUGAAUUCUGUUGACAAACAUAAAUGCAACAAGUCACGCCAGAUAUUUUUCAGAAAUGUUGAUAAUAUAAUGUUACCCAAUCCAGCUCCUAGACUCUCAAGAACACCUGGAGAAUCAAGUAACAAAUUAAAAGCCACAGAGCCUGGUCAACACACAAUUGAAAUAAUGAAAGAGCUGGGAUAUAAUAACACCAAAAUUAAAAAUCUUUUAGAAAGUGGAAUCAUAUGUGGAAAAGUAAAGUCAAAUUUAUAAAUAUCAUAAUUUAUUAAUAGAAUCCAUAACCUGUACCAGAUUUGUUAUUAUAGAAUUUGGUAAUUGUGAAAAUAGUUCAUGACUUUGAACUAAUGUAUAAAUAUUUUUUAAUGCCAGCAAAUCAUACUGUAAAUGAUUUUUCCCAUAAUAAAAUUUCUCAAACACAA